UUGUGGAAUAAGCUGCUACUCCGCUAAAGCGGGAGAGGAAAUAAAAGAAACUGCGGCGAAGACCGCACUUUUUACAAGUUCAACUUUGUAGCACAGGCUCUGUGCUUCCAGCUGGGUUCACCGGGAGGAGAAACACAAUAAAACAGCAUGAAUGGUGGCUCAGCUGAUGGUGAAGGAGUGGUGGAUGUCUCCACCAAAGACUUCCCAUCGAUUCACUCCGUCCACAGCCAGGAUCCCACAGUGGCCGAUCUCCUUCAGCAAGCUGCUGAGGGUGUAGUGCAGCAACAAGCUGGAAUCCUACUGGAGCAAGCUCCUGUGGAAGGAUUAGUAACUGUUCCCCAGUCCCAGCAGGAACUGAUGGAAGCUGGAGUUGAGAUGAUGGUUGUGAACUCCCUGGAUUCAACCCUGAUGCAGGUGAAGACUGAGGUAAUGGAUCCUGCACUCGCUGGGUCAGUGGCUACAAUGGGCUUAGUUGGAGAAGUUGCAGGCGCUGCUCAUCAGGCUGCCAUGGCAACAGUGGACCAGACUCAGAUCAUCACCUUACAGGUGGUAAACUUAAAAGAGCAAGCAGCCUUGGGCCUGGGGGAACUCCAGCUGGUCCAGGUGCCGGUUUCUGCCACUACUGUUGAGGCCCUGCAGCAAGGCACGUUUGUAGAGACCACCUCAAUGCCAAAGGAUGGAGACCCAGUCAUCUGUCACACAUUGCCUCUUCCCGAAGGCUUUCAGGUGGUUAAGGUUGGUGCUAAUGGGGAGGUGGAAACAGUGGAGGGGGAAAAGGGAGCAGAAGCCCCGAUUGAAGAAGAGGGGGAGCUUGAGGAGGUGGGAAGCCAGAUGCUGGAAGAAGACGUGGAUGAGCCCGUUCAGUCUCUGAAUGAUGACACAAGCUGGUCCAAAGACUCAGACUUUCUAACUCCUUCAGGAGCGAUCAAGAAGGCCAAAAAGGCUAAGAAGAGCCAUCUGCGUUACACUGAAGGUGAUAAGGAUAUGGAUGUCAGUGUCUACGACUUUGAAGAGGAACAGCAGGAGGGUCUUUUGUCGGAGGUCAACGCAGAGAAGGUUGUUGGUACCAUGAAGCCCCCCAAGCCUACCAAAAUCAAGAAGAAAGGAGUGAAGAAGACGUUUCAGUGUGAGCUCUGCAGCUACACGUGUCCUCGCCGCUCCAACCUGGACCGGCACAUGAAGAGCCACACCGACGAGAGACCGCACAAGUGUCACUUGUGCGGACGAGCCUUCAGGACGGUGACUCUGCUCCGAAACCACCUCAACACACACACGGGAACUCGACCACACAAAUGCACAGAUUGUGAUAUGGCGUUCGUGACCAGCGGAGAGCUUGUCCGUCACCGUCGCUACAAACACACGCAUGAGAAACCCUUCAAAUGUUCCAUGUGCGACUACGCCAGUGUGGAGGUGAGCAAACUGAAGCGUCACAUCCGUUCCCACACUGGUGAGCGUCCAUUCCAGUGCAGUCUUUGCAGCUACGCCAGCAGAGACACAUACAAGCUGAAGAGACACAUGAGGACACACUCAGGGGAGAAACCUUAUGAGUGCUACAUCUGCCACGCCCGCUUCACCCAGAGCGGCACCAUGAAGAUGCACAUUCUGCAGAAACACACGGAAAACGUGGCCAAAUUCCACUGUCCACACUGUGACACGGUCAUUGCACGCAAGAGUGACUUGGGCGUGCAUCUUCGCAAGCAGCACUCCUUCAUCGAGACUGGAAAGAAGUGUCGUUACUGCGACGCCGUUUUUCAUGAGCGGUACGCUCUGAUCCAGCAUCAGAAGUCCCACAAGAAUGAGAAGAGGUUCAAGUGCGACAUGUGUGACUACUGCUGCCGCCAGGAGCGUCACAUGGUAAUGCAUCGCCGCACACACACUGGAGAGAAACCGUACGCCUGCAGCCAGUGUGAGAAGACCUUCAGACAGAAGCAGCUCCUGGACAUGCACUUCAAGCGCUACCACGACCCCAACUUUGUCCCCACCGCUUUUGUUUGCCCCAAGUGCAACAAGACCUUCACACGCAGGAACACCAUGGUUCGCCACUCUGAGAACUGUAGUGGUGAAGUGGAGGAUGCAGAGAAUGGAGGGGUGAGCCCAAAGAAAGGGAGGCGGGGGAGAAAGAAGAAGAUGAGGAGCAGGAGAGACGAGGACGACAGUGAGGAGGAUCAGCCGGAACAGGACGAUGAAGAUGAAGCUGAGGAUGAGGAGGAAGCUGCAUUACUACAGGAAGAGGAUGAACUAGAAACCAUUGAACUGGAUCAAGCUCCUGCUGCCAUUCCAGUACCAGCUCCUGAUGAGCCUCCUGCCAAGAGGAAACGAGGCCGACCUCCAAAGAACAGCCCGAAGCCUCCAGCUCCCAGCAAGUCAGUGAAAAUGGCUGCCAGAGCACCUGCUGCUGCUGCUGCCAUCAUUCAGGUGGAGGAUGAGAGCACCGGGGAGGUGGAGGAGGUCAUCCUGAAGGAGGAGGGCGAUGCCCCAGCGGAGGCGGUGACCCUGACGGUGGAGGAGGGGGUGGAGGACCAUGACGGGAUGGAGACUCUGGAGCUUUCCAUGAGUGAGGAAACGGCUGCUGCUGCCGCCAACGGAGACUUGACCCCCGAGAUGAUCCUGAGCAUGAUGGACCGAUGAACGCUGCGCACUGUCACACACACGUGUCGCAGCAGCAGCCAUUUUAAAUCACUCGAAUGGUCAUGACAGAAACACGAUGUACAAAAAGUUGUAUGUAAAUAUUUACAAACAACAAAAAUCAUUUGUCGUUUGUCCGUCAAGCAGACAAAUGGAUGAAACGUCCGUCGCACAGAUCCAAGCUCGUCUUCACCGCCUCUCUCACUUUGAAACAAUACGGCUGUAUGUUGCUGCUUCCUCCCACUCAGAGCCACUUCCUGUCAGUGGUGCCCACACACACUCGCUCAUAACGAGGAACACGGUCUGUAGUUUAACUCCCGCUUCAGUCAGGAAGGCUUUCAGGAUCAAACCAGGCCUUGAUGCUGGUUUGUUCAACCUGAAGG